UAUGGGACUAUUAAUGAAAUUUACCCCGAACCAAAGAGCUUAAUUUAGAUCCAAUUUUAUUAACUUAAUUUUGAGCUAUGAAAAGGAAAUCGAAGUCCGCUGGUGAAAAGCCCUAGUUUUAUUGGAAAGAAUCGUUUAGGAUCAAAUUCAUUCCUUUUCCUUAAACCCUAGAAUUUGGGACAGACAUCACUGGUUGAACUGAGCUAGUGGCAAUUUGAUGAAAUUGGAGCACGAUGGCAAGCAGCUAUUCUAAUGGGUCUGUCUAUGUUUGUAAUUUGCCUGAGGGCACUGACGACAAUAUGUUGGCUGAAUAUUUUGGCACCAUUGGCUUGCUUAAGAAAGAUAAGCGGACCGGCCGACCCAAGAUAUGGCUGUACCGAGACAAAACCACAAAUGAGCCUAAGGGGGAUGCUACUGUCACCUACGAGGAUCCACAUGCUGCUCGAGCUGCUAUUGAAUGGUUUAACAACAAGGAUUUUCAUGGUAAUAUAAUCCAAGUUUUCAUGGCGGAGUCCAAAAAUAAAGAUGACAACACCUAUAAUUCUGGGGCUGAUGCUAUUUCCGGUGCUGAUUUUGGUGGCUUGGAGGAAACUGCUUUGGAUACGAAUGACGAUGCUGUUGGAAGAGGUAGAGGCAAAGGUGAUGCUUCAGGGAAAGCAUGGCAGCAAGAGGGAGAUUGGCUGUGUCCAAAUACAAGCAGUUGUACCAAUGUAAAUUUUGCCUUUCGUGGUGUGUGCAACCGUUGUGGAAGUGCUCGACCUUCUGGUGCCUCUGGCGGAAGUGCAGGAGCUGGUCGAGGGAGGGGUCGUGGUGCCCAGAGUGUUGGGGCCCCUGGUCGGGCAGUUACUGGUUCUACAGGGCUUUUUGGCCCUAAUGAUUGGCCUUGUCCAAUGUGCGGCAAUAUUAACUGGGCAAAACGCUCGAAGUGCAACAUUUGCAAUACCAAUAAACCAGGUCAUAAUGAGGGUGGUGUAAGAGGAGGACGUGGUGGAGGUUACAAAGAGCUUGAUGAAGAGGAAAUAGAAGAAACUAGACGACGAAGGAAAGAAGCUGAAGAAGACGAUGAUGAGUUAUAUGAUGAGUUUGGGAACCUGAAAAAAAAAUUCCGUGCCAAAACUCAGCAAGCUGAAUCUGGACGGGUGCUUCCAGGUGCUGGCCGUGCAGGAUGGGAGGUUGAGGAACUAGGUGUGGUUGACAGAGAUGGCAGAGACAGAGGGAGAGAGAGGGAUGAUAGGGAAGGCUGUAAACAUGAUGGCAGGGAAAGACGCAGAAGUCGAAGUAGAGAGAGGGAUCGAGAACGGGGUUAUGAUUAUGAUCGAGAUAGAGAUUAUGGUCGUGACCGGGACCGAGAUCGAGACAGGGUUCGGUACCGUUUUUAAGGAUGGGAAGGAUGUUCCAGUAGAACUGGUUUUGAUUUUUCGUUUUUGUUUAUUUUGAAGUUGUGGUUUUUGGCUUGUCUAAAAUUCAGAUGUUUGAGCUGCAAUGCAACCUGUAACAGAGAAGUCGUUUUUAUAUUUCAAUUACUUAUUUAA